GAAUAUACAAUCAAGUGUAAAUUCGCGUAAGAGUAACAUUCGCAUAAAGAGUAAAAUAAAGAAUAACAAGCAGCAAAAUGAAAGCCAUAUUCUCCGUUGCACUUUUGAUGUGCCUGUUGGGUGUAUUUUAUGUCCAAGCACAAGAAAUUCGUUGCCCAAUACCAAGAGAAGGAGACGAUAUCAUUUUUAUUCCUCAUCCCACCAACUGCAAUCACUACUUCGUUUGUGACUAUGGCCGACCGAUUGUAAUGAAGUGUCCUGAAGACUUACACUUCAAUCCCGAAAAACAAGUCUGCGAUUUUCCAUUCAAAGCUGGAUGCACGGCUCAAUAAUCAGUUUAUAUCUGUAACGACUUAAUUACAUAUUACUAUAACGAUAUGUGGACUACUACUGUAUUAAAUUGU